AGGAACAGGCACCAAAGUCGCCAGUGGGAAGACAGCGCCCUUUAAGUCACCCAGUUGUCAGCCUGCACAGGAGGGUGGGGAGCAGCGGGGCGCGGGGCGAUGAAUUCCCGGAGCCAAGCUGCCCCGGGAAUGCAGUUGGCCGGACUGCGUCGGCGCGGAGGGAGAAGCCGGGGCUGGAGGGGCUGGGGUCGCGCGCCAGUUCAAGUUCAGGCGCAAGAGCGCGCGCGGAGCAGUGCCCUUGGGAUUUCUAGGUACGGCGUUGGCUAGUCAAGUGCGGGGUUAAGGUGGCUAUCGAGGGAGGCUUGAGGAGAUGGUGGUAAACUCAGAAAAGGCAAGACACGUGCAGUUCUCCAAGUUUUUGGAGAAGAGCUUCCAGCGCCGCAAUCCCGCCUGUUUGGCCGAGGAAUCGGCGAGGCUCCCAGCCCCACCCCUGCAGCAGUGAUGCAAAGAGGACAAAUCACCGGCGUGGGGAGGGGAAAAACCCUCCCGGGGUGCCUGGGGUAGGGAGGUGGGGAGAGUAGGCAGCGACCAGUUCUCCAACCACUUGGGCGAUAGGGAGCGCGUUCUGGGGAAACGAACCCCGGCAUAAAUCAUUGAGUUCGGAGCCCAGCGCUUUGGGAGGCCGGAGCGCACCUCCCAAGCCUCGCUGGAGCUGAGAAAAGGCAGAGAGGAAAAGGGGCCGGCGACGGGACCGAGAGCAGCUCAGCCGCCUGGGGGUCCCGCGAGCGGCGAGCGGCGAGCGCGGGAAGCGGAGAGCGCAUCGGGCGAGGAGCCCACGCCGGCCGAGGCGGGCAGGGAGCGGACCUCCGCGGAGGCCGAGGAGGCGCUGCAUGGACAGCAUGCGUUUCUCCGGAGGCCCUGGCGCCGGGUCCACGGGCAACUCAAGCCGCUGGUGGCCUCUGGCCGCCGGCGGUGCCAACGCCAGCCGCGAAUCGGAGGCGCUCGGGGAAGAAGGCGGCCAGCAGAGGGACUUGCGCAACGAGGAGCUGGCCAAGGUGGAGAUCGCCGUGCUGGCCGUGACUUUCGUGGUGGCCGUACUGGGUAACAGCUGCGUGUUGCUGGCACUGCAUCGCACGCCUCGCAAGACGUCCCGCAUGCACCUCUUCAUCCGCCACCUCAGCCUGGCCGACCUGGCCGUCGCUUUCUUCCAGGUGCUGCCGCAGCUGUGCUGGGACAUCACCUACCGUUUCCGCGGCCCCGACGGGCUGUGCCGCGUGGUGAAGCACCUGCAGGUGUUCGGCAUGUUCGCCUCGGCUUACAUGCUGGUGGUCAUGACCGCCGACCGCUACAUCGCCGUGUGCCACCCGCUCAAGACGCUGCAGCAGCCGACGCGCCGCUCGCGCCUCAUGAUCGCGGCCGCCUGGGUGCUGAGCUUCGUGCUGAGCACGCCGCAGUACCUCGUCUUCUCCAUGGUCGAGGUGAGCAACGUCACCAAGGCCUACGACUGCUGGGCCACCUUCAUCCAGCCCUGGGGACCCCGCGCCUACGUGACUUGGAUGACAGCCAGCAUCUUCGUGGCGCCCGUGGUCAUCCUGGGCACCUGCUACGGCUUCAUCUGCUACCACAUCUGGCGCAACGUCCGCGGGAAGACGGCGUCGCGCCAGGACAAGGGCGCCGAGCGCGCGGGCGGCGCCUUCCGCAAUGGGCUCCUGCUCGAGCCCUGUGUCAGCAGCGUGAAGACCAUCUCCCGAGCCAAGAUCCGCACCGUGAAGAUGACUUUCGUGAUUGUGACCGCUUACAUCGUUUGCUGGAUGCCCUUCUUCAUCGUCCAGAUGUGGUCUGUCUGGGAUGUGAAGUUCCACUGGAUCGAGUCGGAAAACCCUGCCACCACCAUCACGGCCUUGCUGGCUUCCUUGAAUAGUUGCUGCAAUCCCUGGAUAUACAUGUUUUUUAGCGGUCAUCUCCUGCAGGACUGUGUCCAAAGCUUCCCAUGCUGCCAAAACAUGAAGCAAACGUUCAGCAAAGAAGAUUCAGACAGUACGAGCAGAAGGCAGACUUCUUACACUAACAACCGAAGCCCGACAAACAGCACAGGUCCGUGGAAGGACUCUCCUAAAUCUUCCAAGAUCAUCAGAUUCAUUCCAGUUUCAACCUGAGCCCCACGUUCGUGCAGCCUGACUCUCGUAACAGACUUUCUGGCCCGUUGGCUGAAUCCAGCUAGAAACCACAAGAACAAAUGAACUUAUACGAGAUAAGCAUAAAUCAAUUUAUUGGGCACAGGACUGUGUUUCUAGUUGCAUUUUCACAUCGCUAUGACCAAAAGCUAUGAAUUGUUUUAUAUGGAAUGUUAAUAAAAACAUGCUACACUAAAAUUUGCAGGCCUAAUUUGCAGAAAUAUGGUAGAAGUUAUAUUUCUAAAGGAAAAAUCAUAACCACUCUGGCUUUAUAUUUUGCUGUUGGUUUCUUUUCUUUUCUUUUCUUUUUAUUUCUGACAUAACGAAGGCUUGAUGGGUUUAGAAGUCAUACGAUGUAGGGGCAUUAUUUCUGAACAAAGCGAGCUCGUCAUCAACCUUAGUAUUUGAAAGGAAUUAGAAGAGACUUGAGAGAAAUUAUGUUUCCAUCCAAUAAAAUCAAUUUACACGGUGGCCUGGAGAUAGGAUGGUGCCUUGGAGAGGCUGAGAGCUGGAGGCGUGUUAGCAAAGAUGCCUGGUUCAGAGUGGAAAGCAGAAAAUUCUGUUAGAAGCUAUAAAUCACCUAAAUUUCAAAACAGUAACCUUAGAACUGGCAGUUCCUCAUGUUUUAUUGAUUGUGAAAAGCAUGAUUACUAAGAUGCUGAAGGUUAGAGAAAAUAUUGUCAACUGGCCAAUAAUAUCUUUUUUGCUCCCACUGCAAGGUCGUUUCAAAGUCAGAUUUGUAUGAGGAAUACCCAAUAUUAUCAGAAGAGUAGAAAAGGAUUGCCCAAAGUUCUAUGUAGACUUUCUCUAGAACAUUGUAAAUGUGUUUCGAUCAGUGUUAUAAGGUAUCCUGCGCUGUGCUGGAUAUCAACACAGUCAUCACUUUCUGUUUGAGGAAUCCAGAUUCACAGAUAGGAGUCUUCUAAAGAGUACCUCGGGAUAUAGAAAGUCUCCUCAUGUUUAAUUAAAAAUAACUUGGCCUUUCCUUCUGAUCUGCCACCCACCUAACAGGUUCAUAGUGGAGGAGAGGCAGGUUCUGGGGUGGGAUGGGGGUGGGAGAUGGAAAGAAAACCGCUCUACAUCCCAUCUGGCUUCCAUCAUUAUUCAACAUAUGGCUUUAGGUAAAUUACUUAAAAAUACACAAAGCCUCCAUUUUCUUGGCUGUACAGUGGAGUUGAUAACACCUCACGGAGUUGUGUGAGGACUAAAUGAAAUUAAGUGUGAAAAGACCUUCUUAAACUGUCAAGUGCUGUACAAAGGCUGACAGCGCCUUUGGUUAUAGUCUCAGCGGGUCUUCAGAAUUGCACAUCUUUUCCCUGUUUACUUUGUUAAUCAAAAUUUGUUGGUUUCAUGUCUGAGAUAUAAAAUCCUAAAAUUUAAAUAUAGCACUGCUGAUUCAUUGGAAAGCAUUGUUGGUGGCCACUAACCCUGACAUCUGCCUAACUAAAGUUUCCCAGUUUGAAGAUAGAACUUGCUUUCCUUGAUGCAGGUAAAUCAAAGCCAGCCAAGAGCAUCAAUUUCUUUCAUUUCUAAACAGAUAAAUUAUAACACCACUUGGCUGUUACUGCAUUUUUCAUUGACGAAACUCACUAGUUUGUGGUUUGUUUUUUUUUUUUGAGCUAUUUUGUCUGGUUCCUUCUCCUUGUUAGAGAACAUGCAAUGAUUUGAGGAUACAUCGUAAACAUUUUGCAUCCCUUAGCGGAAGUAAUAGCUAUUUUAAUACUAUUAUUGGGUUUUUUAAAUAAGAAACUGAGGACUGGAUGAGGCUGUGAGAACCCGGAACUGUCAACUUCACUCCUCUUCACUCUCUUGCCUUUCCUAAAUCUCGGGUCUUUUACUCCCUGGGUUGACAUACCUGAAAAAAUGUUUGCAAAUGUUUUAUAAAGACCUUAGGUUUUAGAAUUCUGCUUUUCAAAAAUAGCAAAUAAGUUUCUUAAAGGGAACUGUCCAAUAUGAGCCAUCAAUUAAAUUAAUCAGUUCUUUGUUGGAGUCAGAGCAGCAUUUCAGUAACCCUGCCUUCUGUAGCACUGUCAGCCCUUUUGACAACUUCUCUUUGACAGGUCAAAAACUAAACUGUUUUAGGUUGGAACAAAGGGAGCCCACUUUUUUUCUAAAUCCAAUUCCAAAAUAAUAACAUGAUGGUUCUUGUAGAGACUGUUUCAGAAUGUUGACGUGUACCCCCAAGUAAAACAAUUCUGUUUGAAUCUUAUUUCUGGGAACAGCUCUCAAAUAAGGUGCAUAUCAACCAACCCAGCUGAGUUUUCUCCUUUUAAAUGUAUCAGGAGAUGAGAUAGUAGAAAAAGGGCUGGAGAGAUACAAGAAGAUCUGGGUGCUAGUUCUGCACUAGGCAAGUAGAUGGUCUUAUUCUCUGUUGUUUAGGCUUUGAAGCUUAAUUUAUCUAGUUGCUAAACUUUCUUAACGUUAUGUACACAGAAAUGGGAUUCACGUGUUCCAAUGUUCCCAAUUGGAAGAGUCCUGCCUGUCAAUUUCAGGAGAAAGGAAACCGUAGGUGGUAAGGAAGCAGAGCAUCCUGGAAAGGGGAGAUUUCCCUUUCUCAAGCAAGAAGAUCUGAGAUAUUACGUCAGACGAAAGCUUGCAGUCAAGGAUAGAUGGGUUGCAUCAUUUUAUUUUAUUUUGCAAUUAUCUGUGGGGAGGUCCUGCAAGUACACAAUAUUCACGUAGUUAUGUGGGUAUGGGGAAUGUAUUUGAUAAACAAUCUACCGCUAAGGAGAAACUGGCUGUAUUGUCUGUUGGGUAUUUGAUAAAUAUUGAUAAUGAAAACGAAACAUUUUAAAGUACCUAUUAAGUGCUUAAUGGGUUGAUUUUGGGACAUGUACUUUUAAAGUGUAAAAAUAACUGUAAAUGAAAUUAGUGAAAUUCUUUGGUUAAUUAUAUACUUGUCCUACAUACAGAAUUUCCCUCAUCAUGAAAGAAGUCUUAUGCCUGAUCGAGGGAAAGGUGCGGCUUUUAACGAGAAAAAAAUCAAGUAGUCUUAACAACAUGUAGUCCCUUCCCAAACUAAUUACAGUUCCUAGAAUGGACAACUAUUGUUGAUGAAGAAACACGACUUUAAUCUGUUAUUACACAAGAUAAGCAAUCCAAUCAGGUUAAAGUUUUAUGUUUGUCAGACUCUAAAACCUGUAUUUCCGUAGUGUAGUUGGAUGCUUGGAGCUUUAAAUUAUACCUUCAGAGUUUGACUCUUCCACUAAAGCAUAACUAGAAGCUAUCGUGGGAGAAAUUGAGCCUAAUUCUUCGCCCCAAACAUCAAAGAUUAGACUCCUUUAAACCCAUGUAAUCUGGGAUCUUAUGGAUUUUCAUACUGGAGGCAACAGCUCUAUUUAGAGUAAGCCCCAGUCAGGGCCAUUUGGGAUGCUGGUCCUGGAGGUGCAGAAGCAGCCACUGUAUCCCUUGUCCUCUCUCUCCCUGUGGUCCUCUUAGUACCACUCAGUGUCAUUGGCAACACUGGAAUCGUGAGUAACCCAGGACGACAAAUAUUAGAGAAUGAUUCUUAAUUGCAAUUGAAUCUCAGCCAUAUUGGGCAAAAAUUUAAGGACUAGUCAUAAGAAGAGCUAUUUCCUUUAAGUCCCCAAGACAGCCUAAAUGAGUUGAAGAGCACAAAAUGUGUGAUUCCAUGGCACACAUAGGCAUUUUAAGAAUAUUGUUCUAAUUCAAUUUUUAGGUUCACUAAAGUAUCAUGAAUUAAAAUAUGUAUGUGACCUGUAGUAUGUCGGUAUCAAAAAUAUAUAUUAUGGCUAAAAAUUGUGUCACUAUUUUUCUUUUUUAUUAUAUAUAUUCAUAUCAUAUCUUUUUACAUCGAUCUGUAUUCUAAAUAAAAACAAAAUAUUAUAGAGUGAAUUCAAGAUUUUUGUGUUCCAGGGUCAAAUUAGCAAAUUCAGAAAAGGAAAUCUGAGAAUAAAUCUGAUAGUAAUAUCAGAAUAAUUGACAAUUAUAAUUAAUACAAAAUAAUUAGCAUUUCUACACACUAAAGUAGUUGUCUUUAUAUCACAGGAUUUCUGACAGUAUAUUCUAUGAGGCUUUAGGUCCUUAUUGUAACAAAUCUAUUAAGAAUUAAUUUUGUAUAUUUAGUAUUCCAUUUUUGGAACUGUUUUUUAAGAUGUUCUAUAUCCCCUGUCUUAUUAUGCUAUAUGGAAGAAUUUCAGUGUGUUUUCUGGGGACAAUUAUAUAGUUCUAGUUUUGAUGGAUGUUGAAAUGUUUUGCAAUUGUAUCUAAUAUUUGGUCCUUUACAGAAGAAAUGGUUUGUGGUAUUAUAUUGAAAUAGCUAGUGUAUUCAUUCCUCAGUUUUGCUGUGUAUUGGCUUGAUUCCAUAAAUAAAAAUAAAUCUCAAA